ACGAGAAACGCGUGUGUGCGCAUGCGCGCGCGCGUGUGAGUGUGUGCGGCGGGCGGAGUGCGUGUCAGAGCAGCAUGGACAGCGAUGAUGAGAAUGUAGAGGAGCUGGUGGAAGGGCCACUGGAUGACGACGGUCAGCCUCAUGGUCUGUGCACGGUCACAUACUCGUCCAGUGAUCGCUUUGAAGGAAACUUCAUCCAUGGUGAGAAGAAUGGAAAGGGCAAGUUCUUCUUCUUUGAUGGAAGUACACUGGAGGGCUUCUAUGUAGACGACGCUCUGCAGGGCCAGGGUGUGUACACGUAUGAAGACGGCGGCGUCCUCCACGGCACGUACACGGACGGCGAGCUCAACGGCCUCGCGCAGGAGUUUGAUGCAGACGCUCGUCUGGUGUUUAAAGGCCAGUACAAAGACAACAGCCGCUGUGGGCCGUGCUGGAACUACUACCCUGACGGCGGCUGUGUGUGUGGGGAGGUGAACGAGGACGGGGAGAUGAGCGGAGGAUCGAUAGCCUACGUUUACCCAGACGGACGCACGGCUCUGCUGGGAAGCUUUGUGGACGGGGAGCUGAUCGAGGCUCGGCUCGCCUCUCUGACCCGCAGCGAGAGCGGGAGGCCUCGCUUUGACUUCCCACCACACAGUCCUCUGUACUCACACGACAAGUCCACAUCCACCUGCAUCGCCACACACACUCUGCUGCCUGACCCCUACGAGAGUGACAGGGUGUUUGUGGCAGAUUCUACGAUUAAAGGAGCAGGACAGGGUUUGUUUGCCAAGAUGGAUGCUGACGCAGACACUGUGGUAUCUUUCUAUAAUGGAGUACGCAUCACACACUCGGAGGUGGACAGCAGAGACUGGUCGUUGAAUGGAAACACCAUCUCAGUGGAUGAAGACACUGUGAUCGAUGUCCCUCCGCCCUUUGACCAGAUGGACAGAUACUGUGCGUCUCUGGCUCACAAAGCAAACCACUCGUUCAGCCCUAACUGCAAGUUUGAACCGUACGUCCAUCCUCGCUUCGGGCUGAUCAAGUGCAUCCGGACGCUGAGAGCAGUGCAGAAAGAUGAGGAGCUCACCGUCUCCUACGGCUACGACCACGGUCUGCUGGGCAAAAACGGCCCAGAGGCUCCUGAUUGGUACAAACAGGAGCUGGAGGCGUUUCAGCAAAGGCAGGUGGAUCCCACCGGCCAAUGACUGAUGAUCAGUGAUGUCACUCUGUGCCUGUGCUACCACCUGACAUGACAUCACAUCCUCUGAUGAUCAGUGACUGAGAAACACUGCAAACACACAGCGAUGCUGUUACUCUGCCAAUAGUUUUACAAACGUUUACAGUGUGUGUGUGUGUGCGUCUCCAUGACGACAGCUGUGUCACAGCCUCCUGCAGCUCAUAAACAUGAAGGACAAGCAGCUCUCUGUAGAAGUUAUUUUUAGGAUUUGAUAGAAUUCUUUCACAGGUGCCUAAAUCUUCUCAUCGUAGUCUUUUCUCAUAUAUACAGUAUGUUGAAGACACUAUUGAGUCCACGUGUCAUUAGUUAAGUAUUCUAAUAUUUACCAUUUGUAAGUUGACAGAAGAACAUUAGAGCCUGUUUUCAGAUGCUAAAAAUAAAGUCUAACCUAAAGAAAAUCA